AGGGUUGUUAGAGAGAAGAAGUCACCAAAAAAUAUGAGAGAAGAACAGAGAGAGAGAGAGGCACCAACUAUAUUAAUAAGGUAUUGACUUCUCUAAUUCUACUUUUCCAUUCCUCAAUAUGAAUCAAGCAGGUGGAUCAUCUUCUUCCUCGUGUUUUAGAUGGAGUUUCGAUGUAUUCUUAAGUUUUCGAGGGGAAGAUACUCGAUCCAACUUCACCAGUCAUCUUAAUAUGACUUUGCGUCAAAGAGGAAUCAAUGUCUUUAUAGAUAAAAAGCUUUCAAGAGGUGAAGAAAUUUGUGCAUCUCUUUUGGAAGCUAUUGAAGGGUCCAAGAUCUCCAUCGUUGUAAUUUCUGAAAGUUAUGCAUCUUCGAGUUGGUGUUUGAAUGAAUUGGUGAAAAUCAUUAUGUGUAACAAGUUGAGAGGACAAGUUGUUUUACCAAUUUUCUACAAGGUGGAUCCAUCUGAAGUAGGAAAACAAAGUGGAAGAUUUGGAGAAGAAUUUGCCAAACUUGAAGUUAGAUUCUUCAACAAGAUGCAAGCAUGGAAGGAGGCUCUCAUUACUGUUUCCCAUAUGUCUGGAUGGCCGGUUCUCCAAAGAGACGACGAGGCUAAUUUGAUUCAGAACAUUGUUCAAGAAGUCUGGAAGAAAUUAGAUCGUGCAACGAUGCAGUUGGAUGUAGCUAAAUAUCCAGUUGGAAUUGACAUACAAGUUAGAAAUUUACUCCCACAUGUUAUGUCUAAUGGAAUUACCAUGUUUGGAUUAUAUGGAGUUGGAGGUAUGGGCAAGACAACUAUAGCGAAAGCUUUAUACAAUAAAAUUGCUGAUGAGUUUGAAGGUUGUUGCUUUCUGUCAAAUAUUAGAGAAGCUUCGAAUCAAUAUGGAGGCCUUGUUCAAUUUCAAAAGGAGCUACUUUGUGAGAUUCUAAUGGAUGAUUCGAUUAAAGUUAGCAAUCUUCCUAGAGGAAUUACUAUCAUAAGGAAUCGACUAUACUCAAAAAAGAUUCUUUUGAUUCUUGAUGAUGUUGAUACGCGUGAACAACUACAGGCAUUGGCGGGAGGACAUGAUUGGUUUGGACAUGGAAGUAAGGUGAUUGCGACAACAAGAAACAAGCAAUUACUUGUUACUCAUGGAUUUGAUAAAAUGCAAAAUGUUGGGGGAUUGGAUUACGAUGAAGCUCUUGAGCUCUUUAGUUGGCAUUGUUUUAGGAAUAGUCAUCCCUUAAAUGUUUAUUUAGAACUUUCAAAACGUGCCGUAGAUUAUUGUAAAGGCCUUCCCUUAGCUCUUGAAGUUUUAGGUUCCUUCCUUCAUUCUAUUGGUGAUCCCUCCAAUUUUAAACGUAUAUUGGAUGAAUAUGAAAAACAUUACCUCGAUAAGGACAUCCAAGACUCUCUUCGAAUAAGUUACGAUGGACUCGAAGAUGAAGUAAAAGAAAUAUUUUGCUAUAUUUCUUGUUGCUUUGUACGAGAAGAUAUAUGCAAAGUUAAAAUGAUGUUAGAAGCAUGUGGUUGUUUAUGUUUGGAAAAGGGAAUAACUAAACUUAUGAAUCUAUCACUUCUUACCAUUGGUAGAUUCAACAGAGUUGAAAUGCAUAACAUAAUACAACAAAUGGGUCGGACAAUUCAUCUUUCAGAAACUUCUAAAUCUCACAAAAGAAAAAGAUUGUUGAUUAAAGAUGAUGCUAUGGAUGUUUUAAAUGGGAAUAAGGAAGCAAGAGCAGUGAAAGUCAUAAAACUAAAUUUUCCUAAACCUACGAAGUUGGACAUCGAUUCAAGAGCUUUUGAUAAAGUGAAAAAUUUGGUAGUACUGGAAGUUGGCAAUGCCACAUCUUCAGAAAGUUCUACUCUUGAGUAUCUACCCAGUAGCUUAAGGUGGAUGAAUUGGCCUCAAUUUCCUUUUUCAUCUUUGCCUACAACCUACACAAUGGAGAACCUUAUUGAAUUGAAAUUGCCAUAUAGCUCCAUCAAACAUUUUGGUCAAGGAUAUAUGAGUUGUGAAAGGUUGAAGGAAAUUAAUCUUAGUGACUCCAAUCUUUUGGUGGAAAUCCCAGAUUUAUCUACUGCAAUAAACCUCAAAUACUUGAAUCUUGUAGGAUGUGAAAAUUUAGUAAAAGUUCAUGAAUCAAUUGGAUCUCUCAGUAAGCUUGUCGCCCUUCAUUUUUCUAGUAGUGUUAAGGGCUUUGAGCAGUUUCCAUCCUGCCUCAAGUUGAAAUCUCUUAAGUUUUUGUCAAUGAAAAAUUGUAGAAUAGAUGAAUGGUGUCCCCAAUUCAGUGAAGAAAUGAAGUCUAUAGAAUAUUUGUCGAUUGGGUACAGUACUGUAACAUAUCAGCUAUCUCCAACAAUUGGAUAUCUUACUAGCCUAAAACAUUUGAGCCUCUAUUAUUGCAAAGAGCUCACAACUCUUCCAAGUACAAUUUAUCGUUUAACCAAUCUUACUUCUUUAACUGUGUUGGAUUCUAAUCUUUCAACAUUUCCUUUCUUAAAUCAUCCGUCCUUACCUUCCUCACUUUUUUACCUAACCAAGUUACGUAUUGUUGGUUGCAAGAUAACAAAUUUGGAUUUCUUAGAAACAAUUGUUUAUGUCGCCCCUUCAUUGAAAGAGUUGGACUUGUCCGAAAACAACUUUUGUAGAUUACCGUCAUGUAUUAUUAAUUUUAAAUCUCUAAAAUAUCUUUAUACGAUGGAUUGUGAGUUGCUUGAAGAAAUUUCAAAGGUUCCCGAAGGCGUAAUUUGUAUGAGUGCUGCUGGGAGCAUAUCAUUGGCUAGAUUUCCUAACAACUUGGCUGAUUUCAUGUCUUGUGAUGAUUCUGUGGAAUAUUGUAAGGGUGGAGAAUUGAAACAACUGGUAUUAAUGAAUUGUCAUAUUCCAGAUUGGUAUAGGUACAAGAGCAUGAGCGAUUCAUUAACAUUUUUUUUGCCAGCUGAUUAUCUAAGUUGGAAAUGGAAGCCUUUGUUUGCUCCUUGUGUCAAAUUUGAAGUUACGAAUGAUGAUUGGUUCCAGAAGCUUGAAUGUAAAGUUUUUAUCAACGAUAUUCAAGUAUGGAGUUCUGAAGAGGUGUAUGCCAAUCAGAAGGAACGGAGUGGGAUGUUUGGAAAAGUAUCACCAGGUGAGUAUAUGUGGCUGAUAGUACUUGAUCCUCAUACACGUUUCCAAUCAUAUUCGGAUGAUAUCAUGGACAGGAGGUCACUGAAGAUUAUUGAUCUAAAUCAACUAAGUUCUGAGAUUAAUUCCUCACAAAGUAUUUUGGGUAAAAUUACGGUGUCAUUUGAGGUUACUCCAUGGUAUAAAGACGUAGUUAUAAAAAUGUGUGGUGUUCAUGUCAUCAUGGGGGAAUGAACAUUUAUACACCACCUUUGAUCUUGUAUUUAUAUAUCGAUGUAAAAGAGACAUUAAAAUUUUCCUUGUGUAUAUAAGAUUUAAUUUUUCACA